CGGUGUUUUAAUUAAAUUAAAUUAGUAAAUUAAUAAAAGAGGAUUUUGGUGGUCAGAAAAACGAUAGAAACCGACGACGAACUCCGUGCUGGCAAAAGAUUCCCUCGCUCCAUUCAUUCACUUCUUCUUUUCAUCCCAUAUCCAUCCAUCCAGCCAGCCAGCCCAGGUAAGUAAGUAAGUGAAUGAAAUGAAUCUCUCUUUUUUCUAAUCUACUGUUAUUGGAAUUGCUGUCUGGUACACACACAUGGGGUGUGCCAGCUCCAAGCUCGACGAUCUCCCCGCGGUGGCCCUCUGCCGUGACCGCUGCUCUUUCCUCGACGAAGCUAUUCACCAGCGCUAUGCCCUCGCCGCAGCUCACUUGGCCUACAUCAAUUCCCUCAACGCUAUUGGCCACUCUUUGCACUCUUUCAUUCAACAGGAAGAUCAUACCCAUCUCACCACCUAUGCCAAACCUCAUGCUAAACCUUCUUCUCCCCCUUCCUCAUCACCAUCACCAUCACCAUCACCAUCACCUCCUCACAAGUCCCACCUCGCCAAGGCCAAACACAUCUCUCCCCCUUCUUCUCCCAACUCCGAUUCCGGCUCCCACCUCCAUUUCCACUCCGAUUCCGACGACUCCCUCCACCAUUCCCCUCAAUCCUCUCCCUUACAUCUCCACUCCUAUUAUAACAACUCAUCGCCACAACAAGAUCAUCACCCUCCCUCUAACUUUCACAUGAAUUUCAUGAAGAAUAGCAGGCCUGCGUCUUCAAUCGUCUACCAGCAGAGACCCAUGAGCCCUGAAACUGCUUAUGUCGCCGACUCCUCUUCCAACUACUACCCUUAUAAUCCUCCUCCUCCUCAAUACAACCCCUAUAACUAUUCUGUCCCUCCCUUUUAUGGAUCCUCUUCAAUGCCUCCUCCCGCCGCCGCCGCUGCCUCUUCCUCUAAGCCCCCUCCUCCGCCCCCUUCUCCUCCGAGGUCUUCCCCCUGGGAUUUUCUCAACUUCUUCGACAGUGAUGACAAGUACUAUUCCCAACCUCACUACACACCUACCCCCAGCCGCGACUCCAGGGAGGAAGAGGGGAUCCCCGAUUUGGAAGAUGAGGAUUACAACCCGCAUCAGCAUCAGCAUCACCAUCAGCAGCACCACCAGCAGCAGCAGCACCGGCAGCAGGAGGAAGUGGUGAAGCAGGUGCACGGGGAUCAAAAGCUUGUCGACCCAAUUCAUCAUCACAUUCAUGACUCCCCUCCCGACGAUGAGGGCUCUGAGAUAGAAUACGAGGUGCACGUCGUGGAUAAGAAAGUUGUUGAUGGCGAUAUUGACAACAAGAGCAACAACAAGCCCAAAGACCACGCUGCAUUCCGAGGAGGCCACAGACCUGGUUCCCGGGAUCCCCUUGAGGUUGCCAGAGAGAUUCAGCUUCUCUUUCAGAGGGCAUCCGAAUCCGGUUCUCAAAUUGCUCACAUCCUCGAGGUUGGAAAGCUUCCCUAUAAAGCUUCUUCCAAGAUGUUACAUUUGGUUGCUCCCUCAUUGUCCAUGGUGUCUUCGCAACCUUCAACUUCAAAAACUUCCCAUCCCUCGUCCACCCUUGACGGCGUUGCUCCUCCUGACAUGGAUCCUGAUGUUGGUCUAUCAACCACGUCGCGUCAUCUUUCCUCUACGCUGCAGAAGCUAUAUCUUUGGGAGAAGAAACUCUAUCAUGAAGUUAAGGCAGAGGAAAAGAUGAGGGUUGAUCAUGAUAGGAAAUGUCGCAAGCUGAAGCGUUUGGAUGAAAGGGGUGCCGAUUUUAAUAAGGUUGAUACAACUAGAACUUCCAUUAGGAGUUUGUCCACAAAAAUAAAAAUGGCCAUUCAGGUUGUUGAUAAGAUCUCUAUGACCAUAAGUAAUAUAAGGGAUGGAGAACUGUGGCCGCUGUUGAAGGAACUAAUCCAAGGGUUGACCAGAAUGUGGAAAUCCAUGCUUGAAUGCCAUCAUAGUCAGUGUGAAGCAAUUAGAGAAGCCAGAAUUCUGGGUUCUAUUGGAUCCAGAAAGAACAGUGGUGAUAGUCAUCUUCUAGCUACCAAGCUGCUGGAACAAGAUCUUAUCAAUUGGACUUUCCAAUUCUCCGGCUGGAUAAGCGCCCAGAAAGGUUAUGUUAGAGCAUUAAAUAGUUGGCUGCUGAAGUGUCUCCUGUAUGAACCUGAAGAGACACCUGAUGGCAUAGUUCCCUUUUCCCCUGGUAGGAUUGGUGCCCCCCAAAUAUUUGUAAUAUGUAAUCAGUGGUCUCAAGCUUUGGAUAGAAUAUCUGAAAAGGAAGUUGUUGAUUCCAUGCAUGUGUUUACCAUGAGUGUACUACAGAUAUGGGAACAAGAUAAGCUAGAAAUGCAUCGGCAGGUGGUGCAGAACAAGGACCUUGAGAGAAAGGUAAAAAUUAUAGAUAGAGAUGACCAAAAGCUGCAGAAGCAAAUUCAGGCAUUAGAGCGGAAGAUGGUUCUGGCAUCUGGGGAAGGUAAAGGUCUCUCAGUUUCUGAGAAUAUCAUAUAUCAGAGUGACAAAAGUAGUAGUCUACAGGCUAGCUUGCAGCGCAUUUUCGAGGCCAUGGAGAGAUUUACUGAUGAAUCCGUGAAAGCCUACGAGGACUUGCUACAACGGAGUGAAGAAACUGCUGCCCAAAAUCAUGAGAGAGGUUCAUAGGUUGGUGUAGUUUAAUGGAAGUUGGAACCAUAUCCUCUCCGUUUUCUUCUGCUACUAGCUCUUCUUUACAACACAGUUUUGAGAGGAGUGGUUGGGUUUGACAUCUCUGGUGCAUCAAGGAAGUGGCUCAUGAGUGUUUUGAUGGAAGAGUCCGGCAAAGAUCUUCCCCCACACCAAGAUGGGAAAGUGGAGUUUGUUGUCGGUGAAAGAGAUAUCUUGGGGUCUGUAUGUGUGAGGUGCACAAUUACUUUUUGGGUACUCAGCCCUUUUAAAGGCCGCCGCAGAGGUUGUGCUGACUAUCCAUACAAGAUUGAGCUAUGAAAAGAAAGACGAGCCUACACAUUCUGACAUCUAAAUGGUCCUUACUGCAUUAGAAAAUAGAUAUAUAUGUUCGGAUGAAGGACGAGCUUUCAGGAACCUAACCCUGCGCAAAAUUAUGGAGAUAGAAGGAUGCUCAAACUGAGGCAGUAUAUAAUUCAUCCAAAAUGAGGGAAAAAUAUUAUCAGCAAUUGGAAGAAGUCUAUUGCAUGAUAAGCAUAGCUAGCUGUCUGUCGGAGUCACUAAAUGCAUAUGGGUACCAUUAGUUCUUGUAUAAAAUUAUGUUCCUUUCAUAAAAAUAUUCAUUUUGAUGUUAAAUUAUAUGUACAGAUUACCUGUAACCUGUUGACACUGAGCAACCUGAAUGAAAAGCAUUUUGAAUAAAAUAUAUCUGUUUGAUA